GCACCAUGAGAGAGCCUGGCCCUCGCCAUCCUCCUCUUCCUCAGCAUCCUUGCCCCCGCCCUCCGCCCCGCCUCCCCUCCCGGGCACGCCGACAGCGGGGCCCCCGCCGCGACUGCCCGCCGGCCGCGCUGACCCUGCGCAUCUCAGCCACGGGCAGGGGGUCACUGGGAGGCCGGGGCGCGGAGAGCCAGCCCCGCCAAGCGAGCAGCCCCGCUUAAAUACCUCCGCGCCUGCCGCACCCCAGCCGCACAACUCGCCGACCCGGGGUCCGACAAAAGCCACCCUCCUCCCGCCGUCGCCGCCGGGGACCUGAGCGCCGCCGUUCCGCCGCCGAGCAUCAGAGACAGGGACGACCCAUGCCUGCGCACUUAAUGCAGGAGGAGGAUUUCUCCUCCACUUCGAGUGCCACCACUGCUGACACUGUCACCUCCCGAGCAACCAGGAAUGGGGAUGCCAUCAUGAAGAAGGACUUAAUCAAUCAUGAGGACUUAGCAGGAGACCGGGGCAUGAUAGACGACAUCUUCGAUGAGACCUACAAGGAGAAGGAGGGUCCCAAACCCCCCUUUCGAUACGUCUGGAGGAAUAUCAUCCUCAUGAGCCUGUUGCAUCUAGGGGCCAUAUUCGGGUUGAUGCUGAUACCUUCUGCAAAGAUCCAGACAUUGGCAUGGGCCCUUCUGUGUUUUGUGGUGAGUGCUCUAGGGAUAACAGCUGGAGCUCACCGCCUCUGGAGCCAUCGGUCCUACAAAGCCACGCUGCCCCUGCGGAUCUUCCUGACUAUUGCAAACUCUGUGGCCUUCCAGAAUGAUAUCUACGAGUGGGUCAGGGACCACCGCGUCCAUCACAAGUUCUCUGAGACAGAUGCGGACCCACACAAUGCCAUGCGUGGCUUCUUCUUCUCCCACAUUGGCUGGCUGCUGGUGCGCAAGCACCCGGACGUCAUAGAGAAGGGCCAGAAGCUGGACCUGAGCGACAUAAAGGCUGACAAAGUGGUGAUGUUCCAGCGAAGGUUCUACAAGCCCUCGGUGGUGUUGCUGUGCUUCACUCUGCCCACUGUAGUGCCCUGGUACUUCUGGGAUGAAUCCAUCAUCAUCAGCUUCUUCAUUCCAGCCAUCCUGCGCUACACUGUAGGGCUCAAUGCCACUUGGCUAGUGAACAGUGCUGCUCAUAUGUUUGGCAACCGGCCAUAUGAUCAGAACAUCAACCCACGGGAGAACCCCCUGGUCAGCCUAGGAGCUCUAGGAGAAGGCUUCCACAACUACCAUCACACCUUUCCCUACGACUACUCUACCAGUGAGUUUGGCUGGCGCUUCAACUUAACCACAGCCUUCAUUGACCUCAUGUGCCUCCUGGGCCUGGCCAGUGAUCGCAAGAAGGUCUCCAAGGAGGUCAUCAUGGCUCGGAAAUUGCGGACUGGAGAUGGAAGUCAUAAGAGUGGCUGAGUUCCCACUCCUCUUCACACAUAACAUCCACACCUCUCCUUCCUCCUUUUUUUCUCCUUUUCCCUUCCUUACCCCUCUGAACACGCUGGACAAAGGUGUAAUGUUCUGUUUACUAACUACUGAAUAAUGCUACCAGUUUGCUUCAGAUAAUGAGUUUUAACUCCCCUCCCAUGCUGUAUUUUAUGUGAUGUAUUUAAGAUCUAGGACUCUGCCUUUUUAAUACAAGGCCACUCCUUUCCCUCCUCUCCUUUUACUUUCCAUUCAUUCUUUCAUUGCUCAACCCCAUCUCCCACUUUCCAUUGUCCCAGUCUCUUCCUGGCAACAGAGCUGGUAGGAAGCAGACCAGGGAAGCCCACUGUAGCCAGCUAUGUACCAUGGAGUUAAGGGAAGCCUGUACCAGCCAGCUCAUGAGUUGAGCCAAAGUCAGUGACCUUUGCCUCACCACCUAAUCCCCAAAAUUUCUUCUCCUGUCCCUCGUACUUUCUCAAGGGCUGCAGAAAGACGUGGAAUGGCUAAGAUUCUCUCCCCAGGAAAAGCAGCCAGAAGGAGCAUUUUCUCUUUCCAAAAUGCUAAGUGUUCUGCCACCACACAGCCACUCUGGUUGGAAAGAGGAAUGCCCCCAGACUCAAAACUCCAGCCAGGCCUACUGGUGUCUUAGGUGGGUCUAGUGUUUGCAGCAAGUACUGGAGGGGGAAGCCUUGGUGGCCUUAUCAUCUCCUCCCUCUGAUAUCAAAGCCUCCCUCCCUGCAUGGCCUGCGUGCCCCUUGCUACCAGGAACUGAAGGCAGAGCUCAGCUUCAGGCUCCUUUGGAGAGCUACACUGAGAAGGGGGAUAAAUGGAGGGGUGUGUCACUAGCUGGUGUGGGGCAGCACCACCCCAGAGUGGUUUUGUUCACUGUCACUGAUGAUAUUUUUGUCAUCAAACAGGACUUUGCCAAAACGGAGAGGGGAAGAUGUAAACCAACUGCUUUAUGUACUGGAGGAAGAGGGUCCCUGCUGGGUGCAGGCAGAUGUCUUGGUGUCCAUGCCUGCCCUUUAGACCCACAUCCUGUGUUGAGUCCAGAGACAAGGCAAGGGACUACCUGCAGGCAUAGGGAAAGGGUGAGAAAGUCUGCAGAAGCAGGUCUCUCCACUCAGGCGAUUAACAAGUGCCUGAGAGACACCGAGGCAAGGCCAGGUGGCACCAGAAGCUCGAGGGAGUCGAGACCUCCGAGAUACUGCUGCCAGUAUAGGCUGCCUCCAUGAUUUACUGUCCCACUGGGCAGUAUGCCAUUCCCUGCUCCUCUGAUGGAGCAUGAAAGGGAGGUGAAAACAGAUCCACAUUAGUUUCUUAGCUUGUCUCUCAGCCCUCUCAGUAAGCCAUCUCGCCACCUCAGUUCUUUGCUGGCAAGGCAGGCAGCAAGGGCGGCUGAGCCUGCAGAAAGGUCAGUUACAUCACUGCGCCCAUGUGGGCACACAGCUGAGUGUGUUCUGGGGAAACAAGUCCCGGUGGGUGUUUCCUGCAAGUUGCAGACUGCAGCUUGAAUUCAGGCAAUGGGUUAGGUUCUAAGCAUCAUGGCCCCUCACUCCUCACUAGGCCAAACGUGCUUUUCUCCCCCCUUAACUAUCUCCGUUAUUACUAAUUAUUAGUUGUAGUAAUAGUGUUGGUUUUGUUGCUUAAAUGCAUCAAAUAGAGUUGGAGUAAAGCACAAGAGGUGGCCAGAACAAGGUGAUGUUGGAGUAGGGUUCACAGUGUCUCCCUUAGUCAGGCAGGCCAGGGAGGGCAGAGACAGAGCAGACGCCAGCUUCCCCGCCUCAGCUCUGCCAUGCAGCAGGCAGGCAGCCUUCACAGGAACAAGUCUCUGCAGCUGCACUUUCUACUGCUGCUGUGAAACUCACCAGGAGCCAGGACAGCUCUGUGAUGAUCUCAUUAACAAGAGCUCUUGUUACUCUGAAAAGAAGCCCUUCUCCUCUCCUUUCUCCUCCGUGACACCACUAUGGCCUUGUUAUUGCUCAGCAAUGGGAUCCUUUGAGGUUUUAAGCUAUCAGAAGCAAUGUCAUUUCCAGGCAAGAGGCACAACGGGAGAAAUGGGAGUCUUUCAGCUCUCUGUGUUGGAAAACUGGCGUCCUUAAUGCUUGUGACUACCUGGGGGCUUGCUGGGGCUAAAAGGGUUGUGGCUAGAAUUGUAUCCCACCAGGUUAAAAAAGAAAGAAAAAGCCCUCCAAAAAGACCAAUGCUGGUAGCUCUGUAAUUGCAGGCUGACUUUGCUCUAGUCUAAGCCCUUUUGAAGUCAUAAAAGUCUCCAGAGAGGAUGAAUUUGCUCCAGCCAGUAGUUUGAAAGGGGUGUGGAGAGGCAAGAAGGUGAGAAUGAUUUCUUCGCUCAUGGUGCCCUUACAGUGUUGUGUGACAUACCCUACGGUAGAGAAGCAUGCUGUGACAUGCUGCAAUAUUUCACAUCCUCUCAGCAGGGAAGCUGAGUUUGACAUCAAGGGUUCCUUUCAAAUUUCAAGUGCUGAUUCAGGUCCAGAAUCUGGAAUUAGGGUGGAAGCUGAGGAGCAGUAACCAAACAGUCCUGGUGUUUGCCUAGUCACUUUAAAGGUAGAUUGGCAAAUAUCUCUGGGUGCCUUAAAUCUUUCUUUAAUAUACAUAGGAGUAUUGACAGCUAUUUGCCAUAUUUUUUUUCUUUCUUUUUCUGCAUUAUGAACAUUCGAGGGGUUUCUUAAUUAUUUAAUUGCCUACAUCAAACUGUGGGUGCAGGUGAUUUUGAAUGUACUUGAGUUAGAAUUUUUGUUAGAUUAAGAAACAGAUACAACACUUUAAGUAGAACUUUGUUUGAGAUAUAUAUAUAUACCUAUAAAUAUAUAUAUAUAUAUAUUUUUGGUGGCAUGUUUGUAUCCUGGAUGCGUCGUCUGUAUGUUUAGCUUAAAUGAGUCCGUGGGGUGGGAACAGAGAAGGCAGCAGUGGGACCUCAUGGCUGGAGCAGCCAUUCUCCUGGGACAUGUUCCCAGCUUAGCUACUCACUUACUAUGUAACUGGGUACAAAGUCACUUAAAAACUCUCUGUGCCUCAAUUUCCCUACCUGUGAGAGGGACUUCUGCCCUGCCUUCCAGGGGCUCACUGCCGAGUGGCUGAGCACAGAGGAGGAAGGUGUAGGUAGCACACGCACACCACUGCUGGCAGAAGUAUGGACUGGUUUGUUUUCCAAAACCAUUCCCAGCCCCACUGGUAUUGUGAAGAGCAGAUGUCCAAGUGUUGGGUGUUUAGGGAAGGAUUGGAAAGUUGAAUCUGCACGUUGUCUAAGCUCUGUCACUGUUGAAAUGUGAGUAGGAUACGGUUUUUCACAGCUUAGGGAUUUCUGCAUAGUUGUAGUAGUAUCUCUGUUUUGUGUACUGGAAAAGGAAAAAAAAACUUUUUGAAAUAAUUUCUACUAAUAUGGAAACAGAUAUUUGGUUGUGCUGAUCUGAAAUCUUAUUUGUUCAUAAUAAAAACAUUACUUUAAAA